GCGAUCAAGCGUGAACUUUUCAUCCUUCCCAGACCGUUAAACCUCAACUCUACAAACAAAAUGGACGCCGCUCUCCUUCCAAUCAAUGAGCAAAUCGCUCGAUUUCGUCAAGCAAUAGAAUGCAACAAGACACUCAUGACCGUCCUGUCGCGUGCCGCUGAAAUGAAACUCCCCAAUUGGUACCUCGCCGCUGGUGCACUCACGCAAACCGUCUGGAACGUCGUCACAGACCGCGACCCAGAACUAGGCAUUGACGACUACGACCUGAUCUAUUUUGACGACGCGGAUUUAUCAUGGGAGGCUGAAGAUGCUGUCAUUCAGGCUGGCAAGAAGAUCUUUGCGGAUAUUCCUACUGAAGUUGAGAUCCGCAAUCAAGCACGCGUGCAUCUCUGGUACGAGAAGAAGUUUGGCAAACCGUGCCCUCAACAUCGCUCUAGUGAGGCAUCUAUGACUACUUGGGGGACCAACACUGCGCUUAUCGGCGUUCGACUGAGAGAGGAUGGAGAAUGGGAUAUCUUUGCGCCAUGGGGAUUCUCGGAUAUGUUCAGACUCACGGUGCGCCCGAAUCAGAUGAUCAUGACAGAAGAGACAUACCACAAGAAAGUACAGCGUUGGAUAAAGUUAUGGCCCGAACUGACGAUCAUGCCUUGGAAAUAAUGUAUUUUAUAAUAUCAGUGUAGACAAACUUUUGCUAUAGAGCUAUUAGACAAUGAUAGAAUCGGAGCAGGUGUUAUUAGGCUCCAUGCGCACUGGGUCUAUUUAAAUUUCCUUCUUAGGUCCCACGUAAACCUUGUUGGCACGAAGGAAGUAGUAAAUACUAGCGAGGAUACCAAUGCCGCCAGUCAUGAGAGAGGCAUAGUUCAUGCUCUUAGCAUCGACGGGGGUUUGGGGAGGCC